AUGCAGAAAAUAAAUGUGCUCCUCGAAGAUUCCAAAGAAAUGUCACUGAAUAAGCUUCCACUUUCUGAGAUGUCAACUGCUGAAUUAACAGAUUUUGUCCGCACCACAGACAACAAAACAGCUAAAAAAUGGCUGCUUGUUCGUCAUUGUGCCACUGGGAAUAUUACAGAAGCUGAAAAACUUAAGGACAGGUUGGAUGCAGAGGGCUUUCUUUAUCCACCAAUUGUUUUGCGUCAAUUAUUGUUUCUCAAUGCAGCACACAAAAAAGAUGAGGAAGAAGCCAUGAAAUAUCUCAAUUUACUUCAAAGUCAGUAUCCUGAAUAUAGUGAUUGUUCCCGAGCAAUAUUAAAUAUGGCUGCUUUAUUAACAGAAAAUGGAAAAGUAACUGAUGCAGUUAAGAUAUUAGAAAAUUAUGCUGAAACUCAUGGUGAUUACAUAGAAAAACAAAAAUAUAAUACUACUUAUAUUUUGGAAAAUGACUGUUUGACAUUGAUUAAAACUGUUGUAAAGAAAGAAGAACCAACCAUUACCAAACAAGUUCUGCAGUUGAUAUUUAAUCUGGGUUACAUAAAACCAGCAACUUUUGAGUUGAUAGAAGCAGUAAUGGAAGGAUACCUUGACCGGAAUGAACAGGAAUAUUGCAUGGACAUAUUAGAGUGGAUUAUCACUGAAUAUAAACGCGCUCCUUGCAUUGAUAGAUUACUACAGAUGUUCAUUAAAGCUGAAGAUCCAGAGAAAUUACAGAAACUAAUGGACCUUGUCAUUCCUAUUCAUGGUGAGAUGAACUUACUUCAUCAAUUGAUGGUCAAUUUAGUAGACUGUGGACAUUUGAAGAAAGCCAGGAAAGUUUUAGAGACUCCUGGAAUGCGAGCUGCAAUGAUUCGUCUGAAGAUAGGCUGUGAAAAUAUGAUCUCCCAGAACAAGAUCACAGAAUUGGAACAAUUGGUUGAGAUUACAAAAGACAUGUUUGCAUUGGAUCGAGAUGAAAUGUUGUUUCAAUUGAUUAGAGGCUAUGUGAAAGUUGGUGAUUUCAAAAAGGCUGAGGAUGUGUUGAACCAAUAUGAGGAAGAAGGUUUCUCCCCAUCUGGUCGGACAUUACGCUAUUUGGCCAAAGCUAUGAAAGGAGCUGGAUUGGAAAUCUCGUUUGAUGUUCCAACCAUUCAUAAUGAAAAACUCAAUGAUAUCAUGAACACAGAAGAUGAAAUUUUACGUCACGUACAAGAAAAUCGGAUUCAAACUGCUAAAGAUAUGAUAAGAAAAUUGGAAGCAAGUGGACAUCAUAAUUCAGAUUUGCUUGUCAAGAUUGCUGAGUUCUUCUCUAAAGUGAACAAACAUAAAGAAGUUGGCUGGGUGAUGCAGAUGUUAGCAGACCAUGGUGAUGUUGAGUCUUUGCUGCUUCUUAAGGCAAAACACAUUGCUGCAAACAUAGAUGUUUUGAACAAGUGUGUCUUUACUGCAUAUGUCAACAGUAAUCGAAUACAAGAGUUAAUUGAUCACCUGAAUGAAAACCUUAAUUCUGUAGUAAGUUAUAUUUCUGUCAGAGGUAUGACAGCAAUUGCAGAUCAACACCAGGAUCAUUUGGUUUACUUUGAAGAAUUAGCAGAAAAAUGUUCCUUGCCAAAUCAGAAAGCAAUUCUUCGCACUUUAUGGCAAACUUUAUUCUACAAGAACCCACAGUGUCCAAGAGCAUCUGCUAUUUUACAGAAACACUCUGAAAUGCUUAAUCAAAUGAGUGUCCUUGGCUUGUGUCAGAAAUCAGUACAUGAAAAUAAAUUAGAUGUAUUGACAGAAAUGGAAAAGUUAUUUUAUCAGAAGAAACAGACAAUUGCUUUUAUCAAAAAUCAUAUCAUACAGCUUCAUGCCAAAAAUGGUAAUGUUGAAGGCUGCCUUUCUGCAUUUGAAAACCUGAAAAAUGAUGGCUUUGACGAGAGCUGCUUGAAAAAGGCUGUUGUCAUGCAAGUGGAAAAGUUGAUGACCUUGAACCAAAGACCAAUUCCUUGGAAGACCCAAACGGUAACUGAUUCUUCUUCUUCUUCAUCAUCAGACAGUUCUUCGGAUGAAGAGACAGAAAUAAAGGGCAAAAGUCAAUGA